UCACCCAAGAUGUCUGUCGUUCAGCGCACUCCAGCGGCGGGAUGGCCGAGAAACACCUCCCAGUACGGCGGGCAGUACGGCUCCACCCGCUCCCUCACCCUGGACAGGACCAUCAACCUGUAUCCCCUCACAAACUACACAUUCGGCACCAAGGAGCCCCUGUAUGAGAAGGACAGCUCGGUACAGGCGCGGUUCCAGCGGAUGAGGGAAGAGUUCGACAAGAUCGGGAUGCGGCGGUCGGUGGAGGGGGUUCUACUGGUGCACGAACACGGCCUGCCGCAUGUCCUGUUGUUACAGCUGGGGACCACUUUCUUCAAACUACCUGGAGGGGAGCUGAAUGUGGGGGAGGAUGAAGUGGAUGGGCUGAAGAGACUGAUGAAUGAGGUAAGACUAAGAGUAUGACAGGCUUGGAAUGAC